AUGCUCCUGGGCGACGCACAGGCGCACCACUUGAAGCACAAGAUCAAGCUGAAGAAGCUGGCCAAGCUGGCCAUCGUGGCCAAGGUGCUCAAGCCCAAGAUCAUCCCGCUGCCGCUGCCCAUCCCGAUCCCGAUCAAGAUCAUCGACGCCGGACACGGUGGGGGCGGCGGAGGCUGGGACAAGGGCGGCGGAGGCUGGGACCAGGGUGGGGGAGGUUGGGAGCAGGGCGGGGGAGGCUGGGAGCAGGGCGGGGGAGGCUGGGACCAGGGUGGUGGCGGAGGCUGGAAUGCCGGUGGAGGUGGCUGGAACCUAGGUGGGGGAGGCGGGGGAUGGAACGCCGGUGGGGGAGGUGGAGGGUGGAACGCCGGUGGGGGAGGUGGAGGGUGGAACGCCGGUGGGGGAGGUGGAGGGUGGAACGCCGGUGGUGGUGGAGGCGGCGGUGGGUGGAACGCGGGUGGUGGUGGCGGCGGCGGUGGGUGGUGGUAG